AUGAGCUACGUCGCCUCUUACUUGCUUGCCGCCCUUGGGGGCAACUCCUCUCCUAGCGCCAAAGACAUUAAGAAGAUACUAGACAGCGUGGGCAUUGAGGCGGACGAUGACUGGCUCAACAAGGUCAUCAGUGAGCUGAAUGGAAAAAACAUUGAGGAUGUCAUCGCCCAGGGUGUUGGGAAACUUGCCAGUGUGCCUGCUGGCAGAGCUGUGGCUGUUUCUGCUGCCCCUGGCUCUGCAGCUCCUGCUGCUGGUUCUGCCCCAGCUGCAGCAGAGGAGAAGAAAGAAGAGAAGAAGGAGGAGUCGGAAGAGUUGGAUGAUGACAUGGGAUUUGGCUUGUUUGAUUAAA